GACGGAAUCUGCGGCGGCCUGGAAAACUGGCGGGGGCGCGAGGCGCCGCUCUCUCUCGGGUCAGAUUCUCAGCUCCCAGCUCCCCGCUCCCGGCUCCUGGCGCCCGGGCGCCCGGCGCGGAGCUGUUCCUCAAACGACACGCAGCCGAGGUGGGUGGGUGUAGGGACUCGGGAGCCAGUGUCGUCGGAUUCGCCCGCAGUCCGCUGUCCUGCUGAGCCCGGAGGCCGCCUGAAUGGAGCCGCCGCUCCCGGUCGGAACCCAGCCGCUUGCCGGUAUGGAGAUGAAGGGUCCUCUCCGGGAGCCCUGCGCCCUGACCCUAGCCCAGAGGAACGGGCAAUAUGAGUUAAUAAUCCAGUUGCAUGAGAAGGAACAGCAUGUUCAAGAUAUCAUUCCUAUAAAUAGCCACUUCAGAUGUGUUCAAGAAGCAGAAGAAACUCUUUUGAUUGACAUAGCUUCUAACAGUGGCUGCAAAAUUCGGGUUCAGGGGGACUGGAUCAGAGAGCGCCGCUUUGAAAUCCCUGAUGAGGAACACUGUUUGAAGUUCCUCUCAGCUGUCCUUGCUGCUCAGAAAGCUCAGUCACAACUUCUUGUUCCAGAGCAAAAGGACUCAUCUAGCUGGUACCAGAAAUUAGACACUAAGGACAAACCUUCUGUUUUUUCAGGGCUUCUUGGAUUUGAAGACAAUUUUUCUUCCAUGAAUUUGGACAAGAAGAUAAAUUCACAAAAUCAGCCUACUGGGAUUCAUCGGGAACCCCCACCUCCACCCUCUUCAGUGAAUAAAAUGCUUCCACGUGAAAAAGAAGCUUCUAACAAGGAGCAGCCCAAAGUGACUAACACCAUGCGGAAGCUCUUUGUACCAAAUACCCAAUCUGGGCAGCGGGAGGGUCUCAUCAAACAUAUCCUGGCGAAGCGAGAGAAAGAAUAUGUCAACAUUCAGACUUUCAGAUUUUUUGUUGGAACUUGGAAUGUGAAUGGCCAGUCUCCAGAUAGCGGGUUAGAACCUUGGCUGAACUGUGAUCCCAAUCCUCCUGAUAUCUACUGCAUUGGAUUCCAAGAACUGGACUUGAGCACAGAAGCCUUUUUCUACUUUGAAUCUGUGAAGGAACAAGAAUGGUCCAUGGCUGUAGAGAGAGGUUUGCAUUCCAAAGCCAAGUAUAAGAAAGUUCAACUGGUGCGCCUUGUUGGGAUGAUGCUUCUUAUAUUUGCCAGAAAGGAUCAGUGUCGAUAUAUUCGUGAUAUUGCUACAGAAACAGUUGGAACUGGAAUCAUGGGGAAAAUGGGAAACAAAGGUGGGGUAGCUGUGAGAUUUGUAUUUCACAACACCACCUUUUGCAUUGUCAAUUCCCAUCUGGCUGCCCACGUGGAGGACUUUGAGAGAAGGAAUCAAGAUUAUAAGGACAUUUGUGCGAGAAUGAGUUUUGUGGUCCCAAAUCAGACCCUUCCGCAAUUGAACAUCAUGAAACAUGAUGUUGUCAUUUGGUUGGGAGAUUUGAAUUAUAGACUCUGCAUGCCUGAUGCCAGUGAGGUGAAAAGUCUUAUUAAUAAGAAAGACCUUCAGAGACUCUUGAAAUUCGACCAGCUAAAUAUUCAGCGCACACAGAAAAAAGCUUUUGUUGACUUCAAUGAAGGGGAAAUCAAGUUCAUCCCCACUUAUAAGUAUGACUCUAAAACAGACCGGUGGGAUUCCAGUGGGAAAUGCCGGGUUCCAGCCUGGUGUGACCGAAUUCUUUGGAGAGGAACAAAUGUUAAUCAGCUUAAUUAUCGGAGUCACAUGGAACUGAAAACCAGUGACCACAAGCCUGUUAGCGCUCUCUUCCAUAUUGGGGUGAAGGUUGUGGAUGAACGAAGGUACCGGAAAGUCUUUGAAGAUAGUGUACGCAUCAUGGACAGAAUGGAAAAUGACUUCCUUCCUUCCUUAGAACUCAGCAGGAGGGAGUUUGUGUUUGAAAAUGUGAAGUUUCGGCAACUACAAAAGGAGAAGUUCCAGAUCAGCAACAAUGGACAGGUUCCCUGCCAUUUUUCUUUCAUCCCUAAACUUAAUGACAGCCAGUACUGCAAGCCAUGGCUUCGGGCUGAACCUUUUGAGGGCUACUUGGAGCCAAAUGAGACAGUGGACAUUUCUCUUGAUGUGUAUGUCAGCAAAGACUCUGUAACCAUCCUGAACUCCGGGGAAGAUAAGAUCGAAGAUAUUCUCGUCCUUCACCUGGAUCGAGGCAAAGAUUACUUCUUGACCAUCAGUGGAAAUUACCUCCCAAGUUGUUUUGGCACAUCCUUAGAGGCUCUGUGCCGUAUGAAAAGACCAAUCCGAGAAGUUCCUGUUACCAAACUCAUAGACUUGGAAGAAGACAGCUUCCUAGAAAAGGAGAAAUCCCUUCUGCAAAUGGUUCCUUUGGAGGAAGGUGCCAGCGAGAGACCCCUUCAGGUCCCCAAGGAGAUCUGGCUUCUAGUAGAUCACCUAUUCAAAUACGCCUGUCACCAAGAGGACCUGUUCCAGACCCCUGGAAUGCAGGAAGAGCUCCAGCAGAUCAUUGAUUGUCUGGAUACCAGCAUUCCUGAGACAAUCCCUGGCAGCAACCACUCUGUGGCUGAAGCACUGCUCAUUUUCUUGGAAGCCCUGCCAGAGCCAGUCAUCUGUUACGAGCUGUAUCAGCGAUGUCUUGACUCUGCUCAUGAUCCCCGGAUCUGCCGACAGGUGAUCUCCCAGCUUCCGAGAUGCCAUAGAAAUGUUUUCCGUUACUUGAUGGCAUUCCUUCGAGAACUCUUAAAAUUCUCUGAAUACAAUAGCGUCAAUGCCAACAUGAUCGCUACUCUCUUCACUAGUCUUCUCCUGAGGCCUCCACCCAACCUUAUGGCAAGACAGACUCCAAGUGACCGCCAGCGUGCUAUUCAGUUCCUUCUGGGCUUUCUGCUUGGGAGCGAAGAAGACUAAGCCUUUUACUAUUCUCAUAUUCUAGAAGCAGACGAUCUCGGGCUCCAAGUAUUUCAGAAUGAUUUAAAAAGUCAUGCCACAGGAAGGGUCUAUUGCAGAAUUUCAAGUUCUGUUUAUGGUAAAAAGGAAGAGCGUUUCCUAAUCCCUUCUUUACCAUAUCCUACACAGCAAAAUACUUUUAGACUUAUAUUGCCAAGCCAAAGUUACCAUAUUUUGGUGUUUUUGUGUUUUCUCUUUAUAAGGCAAAAAGAUCUGUAUUUACACUCCUUCACCUAGGAAUGUGUUUGUUGCCCUCCUACCCAAUUGUCACGAUUGUCCUUAGUACCCUAGGCCUAGAUUCUGAGAUGUUCCCAUUCUAGGCCUACAAGCACUACUUGCUGUAGCUGAGACUUGUCUAGAGUCCUUUGUAUUGCACUUUUGACCCACCCCUUCCCGGAUCACUCCUUUGCACUCCACUCCCCUCGUUCUGUCACUUUGAACGAAGUCUGAGUGAGGCUAGUGACUCCUUGGGUGUCCUCAACAGUGAAUUCACUGUCUGCGUGCAGUUAUUACAUGCAUUUGUGCAUUUCUACUACAAUGGCAUCUUUAUGUCUCUGUAACAUUGGCCUUUUCAUGGCUCCUCACUGGGUGGAACCAUAUUCUCUUAGAUCACAUUUAGUAGCAUAACUUUAGGGACUAUUAGAGAUGGCAUCUCAUCGAUGUGAGAGAAUCACAAUCAGAAUGGAAGCACUUUGAGUAUCUGAAGAGUGAGAGCAUUCAUGUUUGACAGGUCCUGCUUCCCACUAUCCUUUUCCUGUUAUUAUUCAAAUUUUACACAAGGACUAUUCCUGGGUGUCUCUGAGACCCAUCUCCUGCCUAGACAUCCACCUCCAGAGCAACACUGGCCCCACAGUAAAAGAGGGAGUCUUGUACCUCACGCAGGCCCAUCUAGAGCUAUUGCUCCUUCCCACAGCAAAGGUAUCGUGGAUGACUGUUAGAAUCCAUUCUCUGCUCUUCUGAAGUACCAAGGGCAGAUGUCACCUGCCUCAGCAGGACUGACUCUGGGCUCUACAACCAGCUCCUGCACGUAAAGGGUUCAGAGACUCCCCUUGGCUCCCAGUCACCAUAUCCAGUGUUGUGUAAAGAGACUGGCCAACAGGACCAACCAAGCACCUUACCUCUCCCAUACAAGAUGACCCUCUGAGCUUUUCAGUUAUUCAAGCUCUGUGGUACAGCCUUUUUUUAAAUAAAUUAAUCUAUAUUGGUUGACAAACAAGCCACCAACCACUGACUGCAAAACUGCUUGAUGCAAUUGGGUUCCUCCUGGUUUUCUUUUGUUACAACCACCCUUGCCUGUUUACAUUAAUUGCAAGGAGCAUAACGUACAGGCUCUAUGUACAAUCCUGAGCAUUGACUCCAUGACAUUUCUAGCAUAUCCAAGGCACCACCAGUGAUUUCCCCCGUUUCUUGGGAAAAAAAAAAAAAAGGUACGUAUUCUGCAAUAUGGCUAAACCUUUUCCUGAUUGAGAGUUAAAGCAAUAGGAGUCAAGUUACUGGUGCCACAGAUCUGGAGGUAUGAUAGGUCAGGGGCUGGGUGUUGAACUUAGUUAAUGGAAGACUGAGAGCAGAACAGGUUUGUCAUCUCCGCAAGGCCAGAAAGUGAUCACAAAAAGAGGCAGAUGAUAGACACUGGGGUAGGGUCAUACCACAGGGAAAUACCUUUCCUGGGCUUGUUUUCUAGCAUAUCGCUGACCUGGGAUCUUUGGGUGAUCAAGGGUGUGGUUAGUGGAGGCUCUGUGCUGCAUGUAUGCAGUAUCCUAUCUCUUUCUACAUCAGAUCAAAACACUAAGUUGGUGUACUGCCUCGACCUUUUUUCAGCUCAUCCUGGAACAUAUACAGGGUUGAGAGUUUUAGACAAUCUCUAGGUAGAGGAGACAAGACGUAGACCCAGACAGAAGAAAUCUGCUUCCCUACUAUGCCUAUUCCAGCACCCCAACCUGUAAUUCCCAAGUCCUCUAAGGUACUAAUUUGUAGCUGCUCUGAAGUAAGGAUUUCAGAUUCAGCUGGUAGGGAAAGACUGCACCUGCUGUCUUAGGGAAGAAAUGAUUCAAAUCCAUGUGGUGACAUUGCAUUAGUCUCCCUUUCACUGUUUUCUUAUUCUAUAAUUGUUUGUUAUAUUUCCCAAAAACGUCUUGAUCACUAAGCAAAGCUGCUAGUGGGAUUCUAUGUUUCGUGUCAUCUUUUUUAUUAUAAUUUAUUGCAAAUUUUUUUCUGAAUAAAUAUAUGUUGUGUGAAAAA